AUGUGCUCCAACUACAAGAGACAUUUGAGCGCUGAGGACCGAAGAAUCCUUCGGGUACGUGUCAAGCAUCACAUGCGAGGAAAGCCUUCUUGGCCUACCAACGUUUAUGAGGCAGAGAAGGUUUUGCUUCAAACCUUUGCCAAGUCUCCCGAGCUUUGUACGGCCUUCUACCUCAACAAUGACUUCUGCGAAAAGCUUCUGACACAAGCUGCCAUUGCCUUCGAGUAUGGCGUGUACCAGGAUGCACCAGCUCACACACAAUUGAGGAUGAACAGCCCCCACUGGGAGGAAUCUGUUCAAAAUCGCGUGGAAACAGCUGCGGCAGAGGCAGGAACCUGA